AGAAACUGCAUCGAGUUUCAAAGGACUUCGGUAUGUAUGCACUUGUGUGAUUGUGUUAGGUACAUAGUCGCGUGCACUGAUCGAAUAGGAUGAAAGAAAGGGUACGUUGGGGCUGGAUUGGGCAGAUUAUAUGCAGACACGAUUUUACAUUUGUGAGGCUCAUCAAGAGUCUGUGAAACAUAAGUUGUCAGGCGUAAAAAGGUGCAGAGCAUUGACCUGAUUAUAUCGUCAAAGCCCUGCCCCUUUGCCGCCGCUUUCGUCUCUUUAGGCUAUAGAGAGUUGCCUCUGCCCAAGACCUCUGCUGAAGCUUGAAACUGAUUGAUUUCUGUGACUGGAUCUGCUGGGCAUGUUGCAUUCUGCGUGGUGAAGGAAUCGUCAUGCCACCUGGUGCUGAUGGGCCUGGAUUUGCGUCAAGCAUUCAGACAGCAGCUCAGAGCAUCGGGACCGGAUCUCAGAUAAAGACAAUCGACAUGUCGGAGAGCCAAUCGCAACCUCUCUCGGCACGAGAAAGGUUGAGGCAGCAUGUCAACCGAAACAUUCAAAUGCAGCAAGAGCUGGCGAGACAACAGGCAGAAAAGCAGGCCAUCAUUCAUGCAAGCGCCUCUCCCAGCCUUCAUGGCAAACAGUCGGGAGCUAUCUUGGGAGUGCAAAAUCAGGCUGGUGGAUUGGAGUCCCUGUAUGCUCCCAUUCAAGAUACUCGUCUGGGGAAGCACGAUAUUCAUGCCAAUCACGCAAGUCAGGCUGGGAUUUUGAGUGUCACCCCAAAGCAGCUUACGCACGCGGACGUCCUGAGCGUUCCGAUCAAUAUGAGCGUCGACAUGACUGGGCCGCUGGAGACUCAAUACGACUCUCCUGCUGACUUCGAUCAUGCGAACGACCUUGCGGAGACCGCUCCUUUCAUUCCGUCACAGGAAUGGAACGAUCCCAAUCUGAUCGACGGUGAUUCCUCUCACCUGUAUUAUAGCCAUGAAGAAUGUCGCCCGGUCCCCGACGUCGUUGACGAUGACUGGGUACAGGGUUUGUAUGAUAUGGAAGGGAUGGUAGCUGAGAGCUAGCGACCGCGUUGGCUUCCAUUGUGAUGACAGAUUGUCGAUCUGAUAUGAUCCAAUUGAUCUUGAUCCUUGUGUGAGUGCUAAGGAUUGUAACAUGGUGUGAAAGAUAC